GCGGCUGGUUUCCCAUUUGGGAUCGUCCUACCGCUACUACUCAUGAGGAGAUCUAGGAAGUUGUCUUGCUGUUAAAACCUCCGUUUUUUCUUUGGCUCUUACAAGAACUGCGGAAAGUCUCGUCGGUGUUCAGCAUAAACGACCUCAACAAGACAAUGUCUUUCGUCCCAGGCCAGCCGGUGACCGCUGUUGUGCAACGAAUUGAGAUUCAGAAGUUGCGGCAAGGAGAGAACCUGAUCCUGGGCUUCAGCAUAGGAGGAGGGAUAGACCAGGACUCCGGCCAGAACCCCUUCUCUGAGGACAAGACUGAUAAAGGCAUCUAUGUGACCAGGAUUACACCAGGAGGACCAGCAGACGUGGCAGGCUUGAAGAUGGGAGACAAAAUAAUGCAGGUAAAUGGUUGGGAUAUGACCAUGGUGACCCAUGACCAAGCUCGUAAAAGACUAACGAAGAAGAAAGAAGAUGUAGUGCGACUACUGGUUACCAGGAAGUCGUUGGAGGAAGCUGUCAAACAUUCUAUGAACAAAUACCCCAGACAGUAAGCUAGUGGCACAACCUAUAAGCACAGAUACAAUAGUCAAGGACUGAUACUCCUCCAGAUUCAGAUGAUGUUUGCACCGUGGUCCUGAUUUCAUCACAGAAACAAAGAAAUACAGAGACAACUUGAGAAGCCUGUGACACACCAGGCCGACAACUGGCCAGACCCAGUUCACGUAUUUUUCCAUGUAGUUUUUCUGCUGUGUUCCCCAUCGUUUUCACUUGUUGGACCCCUGUCAGCAGUUUUCUGACAAUUCUCCUGGGAAGAUAAGUGAAAGUGACAAAAAUGAACACAAAAACAAAGUUGAAUAGGUACAUAGAAGGAUUUUCUCAGCUUUUAUCUCUGUCUAAUCUGAACUUUCAAAUACACAACUUUUUUCACAGCAACACAAUCAUCUAGUGCAUUGUUUUGCUCAGACACAGGUAACAAGAGGGGACACAGUUCUGUGAUGUCCGUUUGAUGUGUCUGUACCUUAACCUUUAGGGAAAACAUCUGGAUGUCUGAGUCUGGAUGUGCCACUUGUUACACAUUCUGAUGAGUCUCAUGUCUGCUUUUUGCCAAUUGUAGCUCAGAAUUCACCCAUUCAAGACAUUCACAGUAAUCAGUGCUGUACUUUACCGAUUCAUUCCCACUUAGAGGAUAUUGGUCAUAUGUCUUCUGUUCAUUCUUGGGAGCAAUAGUAGUUUUUCUAUUUUUCUAUUUACAUGUUUGAUCCUGUUCCUUGACCAAAGCUAGACUCGUUUGACUGAAUACACAAAGAAAUCUUCACUUAUGUUUAUCAUAUCCUUAAUGUCAGCUUUCAUCUCAUUUAAAGAAAAAAUAUUUUGCUGUCAAGAUUAAAAUGCCAAAGAAAAAGCCAAGGCACUCUCCAGUAACCAGUAUGCUUGUUACAAUUUGUGUUGUCAGUUUUUUUUUUUUUUUUUAAGAAAUGGUACAGUAUUCUGUAACAAAAAAAAACAUAUAUGUAAUUUCAGUAUACACCUUAUUCAUACACAAUAAUGUAUUUUCACUAAUACUAAUGUAUCUUUGUGUUUUGUUUAUCUUGCCUUUGGUUAAUUGCAUCUACCUACAGCACAGUUGAAAUGUUUUUUUUUGUUGUUGUUUUUUUGUUUUGUUUUUUUACAGUAUAUCAGAUUGGGAGGAUGCCUAUUGCCACAGCGUCACCACUGUCAGAAAAUUCACAAACUCUAAUGACAAUUAUCAAGUUUAGCAAGAGAAAUAUGGUAAUUUCCUAUGUUACACUGGAGUCCACUACAUUCAGAUUGUCUAAAACUGUAAAAUGUUUUGACGUUAUUUAUUGUCGCAGAGCAGAUGUCCUCUGCAAACCUGAACCAAGCCAGAGUGAAUAUUGUCUGAUAACUCUGAAUGUGCACAGCAGCUUUAAACGAACAAAUCAAUACAUACCAGUAAGAUCCAUUUUCACAAUGUGAUAUGGUUUUAGCAACAUGCUAAACAGUAUUUUCUCUUUGAAAUGUUCAGAAAUCAUUCAUAAAUGAUGUGACUGUACUAAUCUUAUGGCAACUAUAUCUGCUCUGUUUUGUAAUGUUGACAUAAAAAUUACAUAUUUUGUAUGUGUUUUAAAAGAGCUAGUGGUUUUCAAAAAAAAUUAAAACAUGAUUUCUCCCCCAA